CUGACAGAAGCUGUAUGCUGAGGCUGCUCCUCCUGUCAGUGUGUGCCCGGCUGCUGCUGCUGCUGAUAGAUCCCGGGCACGUCUCACCUUGGUACCAGGUAGAAGAGGAUGGCGGCGGAGAUCCACCCCAAGGCCCUCACCCGCAAACCCGUAUUACUGAACAAGGUGGAGGGAUCCCAGGACGUGGUGAACAUGGCAGUGAUUGUGCCCAAGGAGGACGGGGUGAUCAGCGUGUCGGAGGACAGGACUGUUCGUGUGUGGAUGAAGAGGGACAGCGGUCAGUAUUGGCCAAGUAUUUAUCAUGCAAUGCCAGCUCCAUGUUCAUGCAUGUCUUUUAACCCGGAAACUCGGAGGCUGUCUGUGGGGCUAGACAAUGGUACCAUCUCAGAAUUUAUUUUAGCUGAAGAUUAUAAUAAAAUGAACCCCACAAACACGUAUUCCGCACACCAAGGCAGAGUAACCAUGGUUCUCUUCAUUCUGGAGAUGGAGUGGAUGUUGAGUACAGGUCAGGACAAGCUCUUCACUUGGCAUUGCUCAGAGACUGGAGAACGUCUUGGAAACUACCGCACUACAGCCUGCGCCUCAUGCCUGCAAUUCGACGUGGAGACAAGACAUGUGUUUGUCGGUGACCAUUCUGGGCAGGUCACUAUUCUAAAACUUGAACAAGACAACUGUAGCCUCAUAACGACAUUUAAGGGUCAUACAGCUGGUGUCACGUCCCUGUGUUGGGACCCGGUGCAGAGACUUUUAUUUUCUGGCAGUUCUGACCAUUCCAUUAUCAUAUGGGACAUCGGAGGACGAAAAGGAACAGCAUUAGAACUGCAAGGACAUCAUGACAAGAUCCAGUCCAUCGCCUACGCACACCACUCCAGGCAGCUCAUUUCCUGCAGCGCUGAUGGUGGGAUUGUUGUCUGGAACAUGGAUGUUGAGAGACAGGAGACUCCGGAGUGGCUGGACAGUGACUCCUGUCAGAAGUGUGACCAGCCUUUCUUCUGGAACUUCAAACAAAUGUGGGACAGCAAAAAGAUAGGCCUCAGACAGCAUCACUGCAGGAAAUGUGGAAAAGCGGUUUGUGGAAAAUGCAGCUCGAAGAGGUCCACCAUCCCCCUCAUGGGCUUUGAGUUUGAAGUCCGUGUGUGCGAUAGCUGCUAUGAGUCCAUCACGGAUGAACAACGUGCGCCAACUGCAUCAUUCCAUAAUAGUAAGCACAAUAUAGUCCAUGUGCAUUUCGACCCAACAAGAAUCUGGUUACUGACUUCAGGAGCUGACAAGGUCAUUAAGCUUUGGGAUAUGACACCUGUCGUCUCUUGAUAACUUUCUAUGGAUCGAGCUUGAAGCGGAUAACACAAGAAGUAGAAGAUUCAGUGCAGUCUCCAUGGGAGCGCAGUAGGCGGAGUAUCUAGAAGUUAAGGUUUUAUUGAAUACUGUCUCUGGAGAGGAGAUACUCUCUAUAUAAUCGCUACAUUGAAUGAUAAAUGGUAUGGAACUAAUCUGAGCCGGGGCUUACACGGCAGCUCCACUGUCUUGUUUGAACCUAUUUUUGGGUUUGCUGAUUUUGUUUGGCGUUUACUAUGCAGAGGUUUUCUGUGCUAUAUACUGGAGUUUGUACCUAUAGUUGGUGUCCUUCAUGGAGUCUUUUAUCACGAGGACCCUUCUAUUUUAAACCCUCCCAUCAUGCAUUCUUUAUAUAUUUUCACAGCAGUAUUCAUGUGACACCAUCUGGACUUUUUUAAAGGGACAAAAA